UACAAGUGUUCUUUUUGUGGAAAGAGUUUUGCACACCUGUCCUAUUUUAAAGAACACCAGAAAAUACAUACUGCUGUGGGGGCUCAUAUGUGCUUUGAAUGUGGGAAGAUCUUUAUUAAAGCUAGCCACUUGAAACAGCACCAAAGAGUUCAUACUGGAGAGAAACCUUACAAGUGCUCUUCAUGUGGAAAUAGUUUCACUCAGUCACAAAACCUGAAAGUACACGAGAGAAUUCAUACUGGAGAAAAACCUUACAAGUGCUCACACUGUCAAAAGAGUUUCACUCGGUCACACUGGCUGAAAAAACACAAGAAAAUCCAUACGGGAGAGAAACCUUACAAGUGCUCUUCAUGUGAAAAGAGUUUCACUUGGUCAAUAAGCCUAAAAGAACAUGAGAGAAUCCAUACUGGGGAGAAACCUUACAAGUGCUCACAUUGUGAAAUGAGCUUCACUUGGUCAAUAAGCCUAAAAAAACAUGAGAGAAUUCAUACUGGAGAGAAACCUUACAACUGCUCUUCAUGUGGAAAGAGUUUCUCUUGGUUACAAUACCUGAAAAAACAUGAGAGAAUCCAUACAGGAGAAAAACCUUACAAGUGCUCACACUGUGAAAUGAGUUUCACUUGGUCAAGAAACCUAAAAUCACAUGAGAGAAUCCAUACUGGGGAGAAACCUUACAAGUGCUCUUCAUGUGGAAAGAGUUUCAAUCUGUCACAAAACCUGAAAACACAUGAGAGAAUUCAUACUGGAGAGAAACCUUACAACUGCUCUUCAUGUGGAAAGAGUUUCACUCAGUCACAACACCUGAAAAAGCAUGAGAGAAUUCAUGCUGGAGAGAAACCUUACAGGUGCUCUUCAUGUGGAAAGAGUUUCACUCAGUCACAACACCUGAAAAAGCAUAAGAGAAUUCAUGCUGGAGAGAAACCUCACAGGUGAUCUUCGUGUGGAAAGAGAUUCACUCAGUCACAUCACCUGAAAACACAUGAGAGAAUCCAUACUGGAUAGUCUUAUAUAAUUAAUGUGAUGACUCGUCUCCACCACAAGAAAGCAGCACCUUCAAUCAUUAGACUACAUGCACAUA